ACUGCCAGAGGUGGAGACUUUAGUCAGAAGAGGCUGCUUACAGUGGGGUUGUCUGGAUACUCUAAACCUUCAGACGUCCCCUGAAGGCCAGAUGGCGCAGUCACCUGUUGCCGGCACUACUAUGUCGGGGGAGAUGGACAAACCGCUGAUCAGUCACCGCCUGGUGGACAGCGAUGGCAGUCUGGCUGAGGUCCCGAAGGAGGCCCCCAAAGUGGGCAUCCUGGGCAGCGGGGAUUUUGCCCGUUCCCUGGCCACACGCCUGGUGGGCUCUGGCUUCAGUGUGGUGGUGGGGAGCCGGAACCCCAAACGCACGGCUGGCCUCUUCCCCUCCUUAGCCCAAGUGACUUUCCAGGAGGAGGCUGUGAGCUCUCCAGAGGUCAUCUUUGUAGCUGUGUUCCGGGAGCACUAUUCUUCACUGUGCAGUCUGGCUGACCAGCUGGCUGGCAAGAUCCUUGUGGAUGUAAGCAACCCGACAGAGAAGGAACAUCUUCAGCAGCGCCAGUCUAACGCUGAGUACCUGGCCUCUCUCUUCCCUGCUAGCACUGUGGUCAAGGCCUUCAACGUCAUCUCUGCAUGGGCCCUACAGGCUGGCCCAAGGGAUGGGAACAGGCAGGUGCUCAUCUGCGGCGACCAGCUGGAAGCCAAGCGCACCAUCUCAGAGAUGGCACGCGCCAUGGGCUUCACACCCCUGGACAUGGGAUCCCUGGCCUCAGCGCGGGAGGUAGAAGCCAUACCCCUGCGCCUCCUUCCGUCCUGGAAGGUGCCCACCCUCCUGGCACUGGGGCUCUUUGUGUGCUUCUAUGCCUACAACUUCAUCCGGGACGUUCUACAGCCGUACAUUCGGAAAGAUGAGAACAAGUUCUACAAGAUGCCCUUGUCUGUGGUCAACACCACACUACCCUGUGUGGCUUACGUGAUGCUGUCCCUGGUGUACCUGCCUGGUGUGCUGGCAGCUGCCCUUCAGCUGAGGAGGGGGACCAAGUACCAGCGUUUCCCAGACUGGCUGGACCACUGGCUACAGCAUCGCAAGCAGAUCGGGCUGCUCAGCUUCUUCUUCGCGAUGCUGCACGCUCUCUACAGCUUCUGCUUGCCGCUACGCCGCUCCCACCGCUACGAUCUGGUCAAUCUCGCUGUGAAGCAGGUCCUGGCCAACAAGAGCCGCCUCUGGGUUGAGGAAGAAGUCUGGCGGAUGGAGAUAUACCUGUCCCUGGGUGUGCUGGCCCUGGGCAUGCUGUCACUGCUGGCGGUCACCUCACUCCCAUCCAUUGCCAACUCCCUCAACUGGAAGGAGUUCAGCUUCGUGCAGUCCACACUGGGCUUCGUGGCCCUAACGCUGAGCACGAUGCACACACUUACCUACGGCUGGACCCGUGCCUUUGAGGAAAGCCACUACAAGUUCUACCUGCCACCCACGUUCACACUCACGCUGCUCCUGCCCUGUGUGAUCAUCCUGGCCAAGGGCCUCUUCCUCCUGCCCUGCCUCAGCCGCAGACUCACCAAGAUCCGCAGGGGCUGGGAGAAAGAUGGUGCUGUCAAGUUCAUGCUGCCCGCCGACCACACACAGGGGGAGAAAACAAGCCAUGUGUGAGGCCCUGGAAGCGGAGACAGGCACAGCUUGUGGGGCCCUGAGCUGGGUUCGGGUCUCUUUUCUGGAUGCUGCACAGUGGAGUGAUGAUAUAUGCGUGGGUGGCUGAGAUCCAAAUUCCUAGGGUGCAGGGGUAUGCCGAGAUCCUCGGAAUGACACCUCACACGUGUGAUAUGUACUCACAUAUAUUUCAUAUAUAAUAGAAUUUGCUAUUAUUCUUACUUAGCAAAAAAAAAAAAAAAAAAAAAAAAAAAAAAAGUGGGUCCCUAUAUUUCAACUUAAGCAUUUCAAAGCAAGUGCCACACAUUAAACAGCAGAUCCCACCCGUGUGGUAUCUGCAGAGGCAAUCAGACAGUUCUGGUAUAGGAGAGACUGUAUUUUGUUGGGUUCUAGCUUUUUAUCUCUGUUCCCUAUAAGCUAUUUCCUAAAGUUGGUGCAGAGCUGAGGCAAGCCCUGCCUCCGGUGCAGCCUAUGGCCAUCCCAGGGCUAGGAAAGAAGCUUCAAGUGAACAGGGGGCCAGGUCUGCACUCUCCUGCUUGCCUGGGCUGUGUGGGGAGGCCCAGCAAGAUUUCUCCCUCUCCCCCCAAAUCUGUGCAGGAGCUUUCUGCAGGUCUGUCCUUUCUUCAGGGAAGGGUCUGAAGCUGCCCCAUCUGAUCCUAGCUGAGCUGAGGAGAUUGUGUCCCCCCCCCCCCCGUCCCCCCAAAGUCCGGAGUCACCGUGGAGCCUGCAAAUUGAUCCUUCUGCGAAGGUGUGAAGUCACCGCCUCACCAGAGCCAUUAAUGAACCCAAGCUUCGGAAGGAGUAUAAUUGUUUUCUCUCCAUUAAGUUGACGGUGACCCUCCUUUAAACCACUGUGCCUUCUCGCCUUUUCCAUCAUUAAUUUGGACAUCUCCAUGGAGUGGACUCUCGUCAGGGCAGUUCGAGGCAGGGAGGGGGGCAUUAGAGAUUGCAGACAAUAACUAUCAAACCCUCCCCUGGAAUAUGCCCCAGGCCUGCCUUCAAUAAAUCUGUCCCUAAAGAGGAUAAUAGGGACCCCUUUCGAUUUACCCUGUUGCCUGUAGGCAGAGAACCUACUACCUUCUGAGCACCCAGAAAACAGUGGCCCCAUGCUCUUCUUCAGGGGGUUCCACAGCCCCCUUCCCUGUGCUUUUGCCUCCCUCCUUCCUCCCAGUUACAAUCAACCACAAAAGUCUGCCAGUAUUGUUUUUCAAAUUCUUAAAGAGACCACAUCCUCAUUUUAUUACAAUAGUUAAAACUGUCCUUUGUUUAUUAUUA